UACGCCUUGUUGAGUUACACAUGGUUGUACUGUGCGCUUGGACUGCCUGCAAACACACUGACGAUUAUAACUCUGUUAAAAUGCCAAACUCGAAGUCCGGCGUCACUGCUCAAAGUUUACCUGGCCGUCACUGACAACACAGCGCUUGUAGCCAAGCUGGUCGAGGCUAACCUCAAAGUGUACACUGUCAUUUCCAGCUCGUUUGCCUGUAAAUUCUUUUAUGUGCCAAGCGUAACUCUGACGACCAUCGCCAACUGGACGCUGGUCCUGAUUUGCGCAGAGCGUUUCUUGACUAUCUGUUGCCCUUUGAAAAGGCGACAGUGGAUCUCGGUAAAACGAUGCAAAAUAAUCUUUUCAUCUAUGUCUUUAGGCCUACUCCUCUGUGUUUGGACUGCUUUUUUGUGAAUAAUGAUUUAGAUAUUUUCGGUUUUUGUUAUCCAUUAAUGAUACCACAACAAUUAUUUCUUUUGGUUCAGGGCACAUUCAUGGUAAUCAUCCCUUUCUUUGUUAUAACCGCACUAACCGGGGCAGUGAUCAGGGUCCUUCACAAGUAUCAAAAGGAACGGCUGUGUCUUUUUGAAAAUUCAAGCACUCCACAAAUAGACCGCAUGCUAAAUAAUAUUGCAGCAAGCGAACAAACUACGAAGGUGGCAGCGCGAAUGGAGAACACUCUGAGUCUCUUGAUGAUACUGGCGGCUUGUUUGUACUUUGUUGUAUAUGCUCCUUACAAUGUCAUGAUUCUCAUCGUUUUGCCCCUUUGUAGUUAUGACAGGAAUGUUAGUUUAACUACGUUAGUUUUCUUUAUAUUAGCCGAUAGUUCACAUGUCCUGAACUGUUUCCUUUACUUUAGCUUAGUGAAAGGGUUCAGAUCUGAUGUCUUAAAAGUUAUAAGGUUUUAG